AUGGCUUCAACAGGCAUUUCGCUGGAUGCUGCUGUUGUGGCUUCCACAGUACUGGAAGGCAUUUUAUAUGGUUUUUCGGUCCUCAUGUUUAUGGGUACCAUCUGGGCAUCGAUCCACAAACAUGGCAUACGGGCUGUUAAUCGUCCGAUCACUGUGGUGGCAAUCCUGCUGUUGAUACUGAGUACCGCGCACAUGGUCGUGGACAUCAUUCGUCUCGAAGAUGGACUGGUGAAGUAUCGUGACACGUUCCCUGGCGGAUCGGUGGCAUUCUUCGAAGACAUUAAUCAAAAAACAUAUGUGAUUAAGUAUAUGAUAUACGCCUUGCAAACUCUGCUUGGCGAUGGGGUGGUGAUUUAUCGCUGUUAUGUCGUUUGGCGAUCAGUCUGGGUCAUCAUCCUACCGAGCAUGCUGUGGUGCGGCGUCGCAGUGACUGGUUUAACUGCGGUCUCCCUCUCUUUGCGGGCGACUGGCGACGGGAACAUCUACACCAAUCAGGCCGGACAAUGGAUCACGCCGUUCUUUUCCUUGACAAUUUCAACUAAUUUGAUAGGUUCAGGAUUACUGGCAUAUCGUAUCUGGACGAUCGAACGCAACGUCUCUGCAAUUCGCACUACGAAAGGCACUAUGAUGCCUAUAGUCCGCGUACUUGUGGAUGCCGCUCUAAUUUACUCUGCGACGCUCAUUUCCACCCUAAUCUGUUUCAUCAACUCAAGCAAUGGACAGUAUAUUUUGCUAGACAUGAUCAUGCCCAUCAUCUCGAUUGCCUUCUACAUGGUACUUAUUCGCCUCGCCAUCAGGAGCACCCACAAUCGCACUCUGAUUGCCAGCGGUGUCACAGUCAGUGAACCCAAAAGAGGAACCCAAUAUUCUAUGAAGCCUUUGCAAAUCCAUAUAUCCCAAUUCACGCACAGUGAUGACGGUACUUCGGAAUCGUAUGGAGUAGCGAAUCGGGACAGAACAUUGACACACAAGCCAGAGACUGUGGAAGAAGCAUUUUGUAACGUAUAGUCAGCCUAAGAAAGUAAAAUGUAGCAGCUCUAGUCAAGUACCAGCUCGAUUCUAAUUUAAUUUCAU